UCUGGGAUUCAGCUCGCUCACACAAAGGUGGUCGGCCAUAAGAACACUUUGUUCCGUGAUGUCCCGCUGAUGUCACUGCUGAUGCCAUCAAAUGUUCAUUUGGCAAAAGUUAGGGGGUUGGGGUUGUCACUUACACUACGAGAACAUACAGUGAUUGAAAGGAGCAUUGUCCAGACUCACUGAAGUGACUUGAACUGCCACAGUACAUGUGUAUUAACCAGGGAAGAGAGAUUAAAGGAGCUUUGAAACUAAGGCUGCACUCCUCACUGUCUAUGUCGUGCUCGUGCCCUUCUCUCAGUGACAUGCCUUUAGGCCGCAGGCCCACCUCUCAUCGAUACAUCUGCACCAAGGUGUUGCUAGCCCAGGGUAGAGAGUCACUCUUCACUGAGCACUGUCGAAACUUUGAGGAGAGCUACAGGGCUCUUCAGACAGAGGUCCAGAAGCUGAAGGAUCAAGUUCAGGAGAUGCACAGAGACCUUACUAAGCAUCACUCGCUCAUCAACACCAACAUCAUGGGUGAGAUCUUGGAAAGCUCUUUGCUCAUUGACGAACGCAUCGCAUCACAGUACUCCGCCACACAGACCCAAAGGGCAAUAUUCGAGGAGAUAUGGGAUGUGACCUUUCAAAGAGUAACCAACGAGCAAGAGAUCUACGAAGCACAGCUCCAUGACCUUCUUCAGCUGAAGCAAGAGAACUCCUACUUGACAACCAUUGCACGACAGAUAGGGCCCUACAUCUUGUCCAUAGCAAAAGUAAAAGAGCGCCUGGAACCCAGGUUUCAAAAGCCACAAAGGCCUGAGGAAGUUCACAUGGACGCUCAGGUGAAGGUUUGUGAGAAUGGCGCAACGACUGCAAAACAAAACGGCGAUGAGAAAUGUUGCACUUCAGUCUACGACUGGGGAUCUGGCACAGACAAAGCUCUUAUCCUGGAGCCUGAAAAGAUACAAAUGAAGAGCGAUGACUUCCGUUGGCAAGGAAAGCAGACAAAUAGUUCCGAGACCACCUGCUGUAAAGAGCUGCCAUUGUAGAUCUAUAUGUUUGGACAAUGGAGAACACUGACCGCAAACGUGGCGUGUGAUUUCAGGCACGUGUUAGAUGUCAACACAUGAACAUGUGGCUUACCGUAACUGAAAGAGAAGGACUUAAAUGGAGUAUUAAUAGCAAUUAAGUGUGCCAAUCCACCAGGACUUGAGCAAAAUAAAAGAAUACUUAUUGGAUCAAAUUAUUUAUAAAUGUUGGUAUUUGAGAAAUAUUGAUGUGAGUUUGUUUUCUGGACUGAUCAUUUGUUUCCCCCUGUAUUUUGAAAUGCAAGACAAUAUGUUCUUAAUGUAUACAUUCAAAAAUUAUAUAAUAAAAAACAAA